AUGAGCCAGCCAGUUGCCACCUGUCCAACUGCUGCAGAAGGCAAUCUCAAACCAAGCGACUUCGGCAAGGCAAACUUUUCAAUUGAAGGAUACUCCGUGGAUGGGACUGUCUUUGACCUGGAAAAGGCUGGCCGCCUUAUGUACCUAGAUGCUGCUGCGGGCGAGGUCUCUAUUCGGAAGAUGACGGUCAAAAAUGGAUUCUGUGCUGCUCUAUCCGAUGACCGAAAUGGAGCUGGCUUCCACCUGGUACAGUCUACUGCAAGGCUGCGUGACAUUCACAUGAGUCAGAUGGAUUGCAGUUUUGAGGAAACUCUUCCUCGCGAGUUCAACGGGGGCGCUCUGUAUUUCAAAGACUCCACGGCCCAUGUGCAGAAUGUGCACGUCACAGACUCAGUGGCGAACCACGGAGCUGGGGUGGGAUCGUGGGGUACAGAUGCGUCGAUUGUCGAGGACUCCUCCUUUGAGCGGCUGGAGGGAUUGCGAUGGGGCGGAGCCAUGCUGGUAGAGGAGCAUGCUCACACCGAAUUCCACCGAUGUUGGUUCUCCCAUUCUUAUUCACCAUAUGGAGGCAUUCUGGAUGAUGGAGGUCAGGCAAGCCCUUUGUAUAGAGACUGCGUCUUCGAUCAUGGCACAGCACUUCACGGCUCUGCCUACUACGGUUAUGGUAGCUUGUUUGCAUUGGGCCAUUGGUGCUCGCCCCCGUGCAAUGGUUACAGUCACGCAGCGGUCUACCUGACGGCCACUGUAAACCCCACCUUCGAAAAUAUUACGGUGUUGAACAACACUGCGAACGUCGACGUCGGCGGUGUGCGCUCCUUCGUCCCGCUGGGGAUCCUGUUCAAGAAUUCUCGUUUUAUUGGCAACCGCAUGGCGAGCAACGGGGCUGAUGCUGCGAUCCAGGUGCGUGCUGGGCAAUGGGACCUCCUUAACGAGCAACGCUUGGACAUGUCUACCUAG